AUGUCUCUGACGCGUUCAACCGACCCCUUGGUCUGGAUCGACUGCGAAAUGACCGGUCUCGACUCCGAAAACGACCAAAUCCUCCAAAUAUGUUGCUUCAUCACCGAUGCCCAGCUCCAAAUCCUUGACGAUGCCGGCUUCGAGACCGUCAUCCACCACCCCGACUCCACCCUCGACGCCAUGAACCCGUGGUGUAUUGACACGCACGGUCGCACGGGCCUCACGGCCGCCGUCCGCGCCUCGACCACCAGCCCGACCGCCGCAGCCGAAUCCCUCCUUGCCUAUAUCCAACGCUACGUCCCGACCCCGCGCACUGCUUUGCUGGCCGGGAAUAGUGUACACGCUGAUAAAGCGUUCUUAGUACGGGGGCCAUAUGCUGCUAUCAUGGAACAUUUGCAUUAUCGUAUUCUGGACGUGAGUACUAUUAAAGAGGCGGCGAGGCGCUGGGGUAGUGAGGAGUUGUUGGCGUCUGCCCCGCCAAAGCAGGAGGUACAUCUGGCCCGCGAUGAUAUUUUGGAAAGUAUUGCAGAGAUACGGUACUACAAGGAGAAAUUAUUUAAGUAA